CCGGCGUGGUAAGUGAAGAAGAUGGCUGCGCCCCAGCAACCUCCUUCCACGGCUUCUUCAGCCGCUGGUGUGUCGGGUCCAGGCUCGGCUGGCGGCCCAGGUGCGCAGCAGCAGCAGCCACAGCCGCCGGCACAACUAGUGGGGCCUGCCCAGAGCGGGCUUCUGCAGCAGCAGCAGCAGGACUUCGAUCCCGUGCAGCGCUAUAAGAUGCUCAUCCCACAGCUGAAGGAGAGUCUACAGACCUUGAUGAAGGUUGCAGCUCAGAACCUGAUUCAGAACACGAACAUUGACAACGGACAAAAGAGCAGCGACGGACCCAUACAGCGCUUUGACAAGUGCCUGGAGGAGUUCUACGCACUCUGUGACCAGCUGGAGCUCUGCCUGCGCCUGGCUCAUGAAUGCCUGUCGCAGAGCUGUGACAGUGCCAAGCACUCUCCAACGCUGGUGCCCACGGCCACCAAACCGGACGCAGUACAGCCCGACAGCCUGCCCUACCCUCAGUACCUGGCAGUUAUCAAAACUCAGAUUGCUUGUGCCAAAGACAUUCACACCGCCCUUUUGGACUGCGCCAACAAGGUCACGGGCAAGACCCCUGCACCACCUACAGGCCCUGGGGGCACACUCUGA